AUGUUCGAAAUCACCUCAAACGGCACCAAAAAGCGCAAGCUCAGUACUCAGUCUUCGGCCCAACCUAUCGGAAAUACUCAGCCGGGCAUGGAGUUUGUUCUUGCUGAAUUGUCUAGAUUGCGAGAGCAAGUAGUAAAGUUGGGAAAUGGAAAUACUGCAGGCUUGGAAACUGAAUCGGGCUCGCCAGCUGUCGUCGACUUGACUGAUGACGACGAGGUACUAUCUCCCGUGAAACGAGAGCAUGGGUCAAAUGAUUCGGAUGUUGCAAACGAUCUCGAGGAUGUGCCUGGAGGGUAUCGCACCGCAGACGGAUGGUACUCGUCAAAUGGAUCAAAAGGAGCGUUUGCCAACAUUGGUCCUUACGGUUUGACGAACCGCCAAUUUGACCCUCUUCUACCUUAUCGUCCUGGUGUACAUGGUGCUCAAAUUUCGCCAUACCUACCACCGAACAAGAUAGGUCAAACAUUUCCUCUUUUCAUCAGCGAUAUUGGCGACCCACAUUUCCAUUAUUAUGGAACAUACGAAGUUAUGGUUUCUGAUCGUCUUGGUCACAAUGAAAUGCUCGAGCUUCCAGAGAAAAUCAAACGCCAUUGGGCACGAAAGCUUGGCACAGGUUCUACUCAUGAGGGCAGUGAAAUGGAACCAAUCGACUCUGUGUCAAAAAGUAUCACUGAAGAAGAGGCUCAGGUUAUCACAGAGGGGGCAGUCAUGGCAGCUUUAGAUAGACACGAUUUGGAUGAUUCUCCAGGAGUUUCAUUGUACUAUGAAUACCUCAAGUGCCUCGGCUACGAUCUGGACUUAUAUCACACAUUGAUGACCAACAUCAACGGGCUAUGA